UCCUGCUGCUAGCCAUCCCUUAUGGCAUCUGCUUGACGUCAGAGUCAACUUUUUGAAUGCCCCAUCUUUUGACUGUGAUAGGACAUGGUUGAUCACAUCAUGUGUUGUUUUUGAUUUUGGAAUGUGCUGACGGUGUUUGCAAAAAAAUUAUGGGGCACAUGUCUCUCGUGUAUCAGUCUGACCAGCUAGGAAACCAAACACAUUUUGGAUUUUACUCCGAAUUUAACAAGACUGUCGCUGUGACUGUGGUGGAGACUGUGUUCUUGUGCCUGGUGUUUGCAUUUUCGUGCCUUGCUAACAUCUGUGCCAUAGUCUUGCUCGUCAGAAAGAAGAGGCUGGUGACCUCCAACUGCUUCGUACUAAACCUUUUCUGUUCAGAUCUACUCUUCGUUAGCAUGAUCCCUUUCAUCGUGGUUAUCCGCUGGACAGAGGUCUGGGUCCUGGGUGACUUCUUCUGCCACUUGCUGUUCUAUAUUAUGUGCCUCAGUGGUUGUGUCAUUUUGAUGUCCCUGUCUGCGGUUAGUCUGGAGAGGAUGAUCUGUAUCAUGAAGGUGACGCAGACAACCACCUGCGAUGUGAAGGUGGUGGUGGGGGGGCUUCUAGUCAUCUGGGUCUUCUCAGCCAUGACUGCCUUACCUUUAUGUCUGUUCUUCACAGUGGUAAAAGAAAGGGUGAAUGGUGAGGAGGUCCAGAUCUGCACUCUCCAGUGGCCUGAUCUUACAGAAGAAAUCUUUUGGGACAUUUCAUUCAUCAUUUUGGAUUUUUUGAUACCUGGAUUAAGCAUUGUAGUCAGCUACACCAAAAUCUUUAAGAUCACGAAAGACAUGAGGAAGCGGAUGAUCACCAGUACAGCUUAUUCAGAAAACCACCAAAUCCGUGUCUCCCAACGAGACUACAAACUCUUUAGAACUCUCUUCAUUCUGAUGAUCUCCUUCUUCAUCAUGUGGACUCCGGUGUUCAUGAUUGUCCUUCUUCUCCUGGUCCAGAACUUGGAUAAUAGCUUCAUACUGUCUCCGAAAGUCUUCUUCUGGAUAUUAUUGUUUACAUUUUCAAACUCGAUAGUCAACCCAAUUCUAUACAACAUUAAUCUAUUUAAGAAGAAAUGGUGGCGGAUUAUUUUCUGUUGCGAACCUGAGGACAGCCUGGACACAGAGACCACAUGCAACCGGAAUAACAAGCAAAAUGGUUCCAUGGAGAAUAAGUAGAAGAACUUUCUCUAACGUUAAUGGAUUUCUGAACCUUCAUGAGAGAACUCCAUCAAAGAUGACAUUUUAGUGCAGUACAAACUAUAUAAACCACUGCGUCAGCUCAUCAGAUCAUCAUCAUUCACCACUCUACUUCAGUCUUGGUGACACACUAGAUCCUUAGUGCACUGUGGCCUGUAGAGUAAUGGGACGGGAGAUACUUGGGGACUGAGCACCGUUACCCAGUGAACUGUUAUUGUCACACUAAGCUCUAUUCAGCCAAUUAUAAACAAAUCCACUUUUUUUUUCAUGUGUUUUACUUGCUGUAGUAAUGUCACACAGUUAUUUGUGCCAAAGUACAUCAUUAAAGUUACUGGGGCAGAUUUA